ACGGUUCUCUUGUGCUUCAUACCACGUUGCUCACCACCUCGCACGGAACCUCCUCCCUACUGUGUAAUUGCCUUCUCACUUUAAGUUUACCUACAGUACCAGAGAAAAGAGUAGCUAAAAAAUAUGAGCAAGAGAGAAAUACUCCUGCAGGAUAAAAGGGCGCCGCAACGGCAAAACGGAUACCGGUAAGUCAAACGCCAAAUGACUCUGCUUGCAAAAAGCCAUUCGCUAACUUUAUAUGCAUGCUUCUCAUAAAAGAAUUUUCUAUCAUAUCCCCGAAUUCAGCAAUAGAACCCUAACCUGAAUGACCGAGGGGAAGACCCUAGCUUGAAGCUGCAUUCAACUGCAGGGGUAUUUGCUUGGCGAAACUAAACGCCAAGAGUUCAUACAAGGAACAAUCGCACAACUCAGGAGCGGGGAAGCUCUCUUCUUCGUCUCCAUCUCGACAAACGAGUUUGCUAUAAAGACAGGAGUAGAUAUCACAAGGACAAUCGAGUCUUUCUGUCCUUCCAUCCAUGGACUACAAUACAUGUCCAUCCUAUUGUUCAGAUGCCUCCUUCUUGUUCCUGCUCCGGUGCGCACAGAGAGACAAACUCCCACUGUCCAUUGCCUCCGGACCUCUGACUUUCAGGCUUUCCCCACAGAUUUUCUGCUUUCCUUCCGACGGAUGUGUUAAUCCAAAGCUUCCGUGCGUUCCCAAAGCUAUCCGAACAAAGAAAUCAUAUCAAACUGCUAUCAUGAGAGCAUGCCGAGCAGCACCUCGCGAUUUCUAACACUUAGCGCUAUGAAAUUGCCAAUGUUACCUCUCACAAGGGUCUGACAUCAACCCUUUAACCGCCUGUGCCCUUUCAACAAGGAUGGGAAUAAAGCUGAUGAACCCCUAGUCCAAGAUAUCUUGAACCCGGCCCCCCUAACCCCAUUGCUUGCAUAUCUUUCCGCUUGCUCCAUAGCCAAAAACCCUCUGCUAACUGAGCCAAAGAAGUCACACAUCUAACGAGGGCAUUUUAGCUUGCCGUAUGAGGCCAUACCUUCACAAACGUGUGGAAAACCAAGAACGAUGCCUCCCACAACUCGCUUUUCCAAAAUCCGGAAAACAGCGACGACCACCAGCAGAUCUCCUCCGCUUUUUCGUGAAGAUUGUUCGGAGCGCUUGGUUAGGGAACCCUCGUAUGGGCCCCUUCAUAUAAAGGAGAGCCUGGGGUAUCCGGAUAAUAAUGUAUCCCAGAAAAAGUCCAGUUUCCUGAGUUUCCCCGAAUCAAACCAUGCGCAUCAGAAACCGUCCUCUCCGGGAUUCUCCCUACGGGCCGAGCCGUUCCUCAACCUGUGAGUGUGUUUCACUUCAAAGGGGGUAUAUCCCUCCUCAAUCCGUCAUCAUGUGAAGAAGUUUAUCGCAUUCAUCUUCCUUACCCCCUUUGUUUCCUUUUCUGUCGCUGUCGAAAGGGCCUUGUUCGAGUUUCUUCUUAUGGAGAGGCGGAUAGAACAGGUCAAGCUAGGCGUUGUUGGUGUGGGCAUUUUCAUGUAAGGAGUUUUAACAGUGCGCCCAUCGAGCCGAGCAUAUCUUUUAUGGGGUUUCUUUUAUUUUGUAUCUACUGUACGUUACCUCAUUUGCUAAUUUCACACUUCAAGUCUACAGGAACGGCAUUGGUCCUCAUGAUUGGCUUUAGGACGGGAAUUGUUGACCGGUGGGCCGUGUUUCAUAUUCACUACGAGAGGGUAUGAGUGCUGGAAGCGAGUGAUUGGUUGUGACCGUCGUGCCUGCCCCCCCCUUUCAGAUGUUCGCAGUUCGCAGAUGUACAAAAGGGGAAAGGGGGGGCAUGGCGAUAUUUAUGAACAAAACCCCAAUGGCUAAAAGAGGUCUGGCAGUGGUCGGAGGUUGCUAUGGAUGCAACAAUCGGUAUUUUAAGAAUGCCAACAAAACCAUCUCUUCAG